GGGAAGUUUGAUUGGAUGGAGGAGAUAGUUCGAACGCUUCAAUUGCAUAAAUUGCCGGCCAUCACUUUUGCUACUUCCCUCUCUCUCUCUCUCUCUCGAUACGAUCCAUCAUCUCUCUUCUCUGAUCACACACUUGUUCUCAUUCUCUCACAUUUGCAAUUUCGAUCAGGGUUUCGUAUACUACAGAUAUCCUAGGGGUUUUUCUUGCACCACUGGAGAUGCCGGAUUGAAAGUAGGAGGGAGCAUUUAUUCUUGUUGUGUUACCUCAGAGGUAGAGAGAGAGAUCUGAGGUUUUUUUGAUAUAUAUUAACUGAGGGGGGGAAAAUGAGCGCAUCACGGUUCAUAAAGUGCGUAACAGUAGGUGACGGGGCAGUGGGUAAAACCUGUUUGCUCAUUUCCUACACCAGCAACACUUUCCCUACGGUAUCCUAUCAAAUACUUUGUUCUUCUCCAAUAAUGUCUUUCUUUACUCUCUUUCUGAAUAAUAUGAUUGAUUAUAUUCUUCAUUUUUUGAGUCAGGAUUAUGUACCGACUGUUUUCGACAACUUUAGCGCUAAUGUGGUUGUUAACGGAGCCACUGUCAACCUUGGCUUGUGGGAUACCGCUGGGCAGGAAGAUUAUAACAGGUUAAGACCCUUGAGUUACCGCGGUGCUGAUGUUUUCAUCUUAGCCUUCUCUCUCAUUAGUAAGGCUAGCUAUGAAAAUGUCUCCAAGAAGUGGAUCCCAGAGCUGGAGCACUAUGCCCCUGGUGUCCCUAUUGUUCUUGUUGGUACCAAACUAGAUCUUCGGGAUGACAAACAGUUCUUCAUCGACCACCCUGGUGCUGUACCUAUUACCAACGCUCAGGGAGAGGAACUGAAGAAGCUCAUUGGUGCUCCUGCGUACAUCGAGUGCAGUUCAAAAUCACAGGAGAAUGUGAAGGGGGUGUUUGAUGCAGCGAUCAGAGUGGUACUUCAACCUCCAAACAAGAAGAAAAAGAAGGGCAAAGCACAAAAGGCCUGCUCCAUUUUGUAAUUUUUCCACACUCAUAUCUCUCUUUCUAUUGUCUCUGCCACUCUAUAGUGAUGGCUUAAGAAGAAGAAAACACAUUGGGGCUUAAAGAUGGUUCAGAGUUGGUUUGUGAUAAGCUUUUUUAAUCCUUAGCAAAAACUCGGUUAUUUCUGUUUUACUGAUAAAUAGUUUCCUGCUUUAGCUGAGGGCUAAUAUUGCACUGCUU